AUGGCCGGAAAAGCUCACAGGGAAUCUGAUUUCCACCUAGAUCUCCUUUUAUGUACUGUUGCUGGAGCUGUUGCUGGAGCUGUUGCUGGAGCUGUUGCUGGAGCUGUUGCUGGAGCUGUUGCUGGAGCUGUUGCUGGAGCUGUUGCUGGAGCUGUUGCUGGAGCUGUUGCUGGAGCUGUUGCUGGAGCUGUUGCUGGAGCUGUUGCUGGAGCUGUUGCUGGAGCUGUUGCUGGAGCUGUUGCUGGAGCUGUUGCUGGAGCUGUUGCUGGAGCUGUUGCUGGAGCUGUUGCUGGAGCUGUUGCUGGAGCUGUUGCUGGAGCUGUUGCUGGAGCUGUUGCUGGAGCUGUUGCUGGAGCUGUUGCUGGAGCUGUUGCUGGAGCUGUUGCUGGAGCUGUUGCUGGAGCUGUUGCUGGAGCUGUUGCUGGAGCUGUUGCUGGAGCUGUUGCUGGAGCUGUUGCUGGAGCUGUUGCUGGAGCUGUUGCUGGAGCUGUUGCUGGAGCUGUUGCUGGAGCUGUUGCUGGAGCUGUUGCUGGAGCUGUUGCUGGAGCUGUUGCUGGAGCUGUUGCUGGAGCUGUUGCUGGAGCUGUUGCUGGAGCUGUUGCUGGAGCUGUUGCUGGAGCUGUUGCUGGAGCUGUUGCUGGAGCUGUUGCUGGAGCUGUUGCUGGAGCUGUUGCUGGAGCUGUUGCUGGAGCUGUUGCUGGAGCUGUUGCUGGAGCUGUUGCUGGAGCUGUUGCUGGAGCUGUUGCUGGAGCUGUUGUUGGAGCUGUUUGCUAA